GCGUCCCGUCCUGCCCCGAUUGAUCGAUCCGUCCGCCCUCCCUUCCUGCCACCUUCCGCGGCUACAAGGAUCCGCUCCGCGUCGCCCGACCUCCACAUAAAAAAAUUCGCCCCAGCCGGAGCUAGGAGCGGAGCCCACCGCCGCGCCAUCCCGCAUCUACUGCUACCAGUAGUCCCUAUCUUCUUCCUCUUGCCCCCGCUUGGUUGGUUGGCUUGUCACUCGGGCUUUGCUCUCCAGUCUCUCCGCCCGACCCUGUUCCCUUCACUUGUUUUGUUUGACUCGUCGCGGCCUUCUCGGAGCGGCAAAAGAAAAGCACCCGCCGCCGCUGCCGCUUCCGUCUUCGUGGCCCGGAGGAGGAGCAAAGCUGGUUGGAGACGGCGAGUGCGCGUCGGAGGAGGAAGGAGGAUUCUCCCGGAAGCGUCCAAGGCGAUAAAUCCUGCUGUGUGCCCCGCGGUGCGGUUUGCCGGGCGGGAAUCGUCCGUCCGUCUUCUUCCGGUGAUUUGGAGCGCGGGCUCUCCCAUGGGCGCCGCGGCGCAUUGAGGCGCGGGCAGUCCGGGCGGACGCGAGCAAGGCAUGGAUCUGGAGCUCGCGCACGGCGCGGGGGCGCCGCGGAAGCGGGGGGAGUCGUGGGGCGCGGUGCUGCUGCUGGCGUACCAGAGCCUCGGGGUGGUGUACGGCGACGUGGCCACGUCGCCGCUCUACGUCUUCAAGAGCGCCUUCGCCGGCGACGACAUCACGCACACGGCGGGCAACGAGGAGAUCUACGGCGUCCUCUCCUUCGUCUUCUGGACGCUCACCCUCAUCUCCCUCCUCAAGUACGUCCUCAUCGUGCUCCGCGCCAACGACGGCGGCGAGGGCGGCACCUUCGCGCUCUACUCCCUCAUCUGCCGCCACGUGCGCGCCGGCCUCCUGCCCGGCGGCGGCAACAGCGAGGACCUCAUGGCGGACGACAAGGACGCCGCCGGCCGUCGCGGCGACCGGUCCAGGGCCAGGACGGUGCUGGAGAGGUACAGGGUGCUGCAGCGGCUCCUGCUGCUCUUCGCGCUGCUCGGGACGUGCAUGCUCAUCGGCGACGGCGUGCUCACCCCUGCGCUCUCCGUGUCCUCCGCGGUCUCGGGGCUCGAGCUAUCAAUGGAGAAGGCGCAACACAAAUAUGUAGGGCUUCCGGUGACGUGCGCCAUACUUAUAUGCUUGUUUGCUCUGCAACACUAUGGCACACACAGAGUUGGGUUUAUCUUUGCGCCAAUCGUCUGCAUUUGGCUUCUCUGCAUAAGCAUGAUCGGGCUCUACAAUAUCAUCCACUGGAACCACCAUGUGUAUCGAGCCCUUUCGCCGUACUACAUGUACCAAUUUCUCAAGAAGACCCAAAAAGGUGGCUGGUUGUCACUGGGUGGAAUCCUUCUCUGUGUAACAGGCUCGGAAGCUAUGUAUGCAGAUCUUGGACAUUUCUCGCAAAGAUCAAUUCAGAUUGCGUUCAUAUCAGUGGUUUAUCCAGCUCUUGUUCUGGCUUAUAUGGGGCAGGCUGCCUAUAUCUCUCAACACCACAGCUUUGAGAAUAGCUAUCAUAUUGGGUUCUAUGUUUCAGUACCAGAAAAACUCAGAUGGCCUGUUCUAGUGAUCGCUAUCCUAGCAUCUGUAGUCGGAAGCCAAGCGAUUAUUACUGGUACCUUCUCAAUUAUCAAGCAGUGCUCUGCACUAAGUUGCUUCCCUGGUGUAAAGAUCGUGCACACAUCCUCUACGGUGCAUGGUCAGAUAUACAUACCUGAGAUCAAUUGGAUCCUGAUGAUACUGUGCCUGGCUGUUACUAUUGGCUUCAAUAACACAAAGCACUUGGCGAACGCACAAGGUCUUGCGGUCAUAACGGUUAUGCUUGUCACCACUUGUUUAAUGUCAUUGGUUAUCGUGCUUGUCUGGAACAAAAGUAUCUUCAUUGCCCUUGGUUUCCUGAUUUUCUUUGGCUCAAUCGAAGUAAUGUACUUCUCAGCUUCCCUUGGCAAGUUUCAUGAAGGUGCCUGGGUCCCUAUUACCCUUUCCUUCAUAUUUAUGGUGGUCAUGUCUGUGUGGCACUAUGGCACAAUAAAGAAGUACGAGUUUGAUGUUCAAAACAAGGUUUCAGUAAACUGGCUGUUGAACCUCGGCCCUUCACUGGGAAUUGUUCGUGUUCGAGGCAUUGGGCUGAUACAUACAGAGCUUAUGUCUGGAAUUCCAGCCAUUUUCUCCCAUUUCGUAACAAAUCUGCCAGCAUUUCACCAGGUACUGGUCUUUCUUUGUGUUAAAUCAGUUCCAGUGCCACAUGUUGAACCAGAAGAGAGAUUUCUGGUGGGUCGCAUUGGUCCGAAAGAGUACAGGCUAUACCGUGUCAUCGUCAGAUACGGGUACCGUGACGUGCAGCAGGACGACCUGGAGUUUGAGAAGGAGCUAAUCAACAGCAUCGCGGAGUUCAUCCGCAGUGGGGGCGCCGACCAGAACGGCUUCGUGGAAGGCAGCGAGAAGCUCUCCUCCAUUAGCAGCGGUGCCAUUCCAUUGUGGGAGGAGGGCGGUGACGGUGAAGUUGAUGGGCCGGCGUCCCCUAACAAGGAGAUAAACCAACAAACUGUGGCACCACAGCGGAAGAAAGCGAGGUUUGUGCUGCCAAAGAGCGCCCAGGUGGACGCCGAGGUGCGGAGCGAGCUGCAGGACCUGAUGGACGCAAGGGAGGCUGGCAUGUCCUUCAUUCUGGGUCACUCCCACAUGAAGGCCAAGAGCGGGUCUAGUUUCGUGAAGCGGAUCGUGAUAAACUUCUUCUACGAGUUCUUGAGGAGGAACAGCCGUGGCCCGUCCUAUGCCGCCAACAUACCUCAUGCUUCCACCUUGGAGGUAGGAAUGGUCUACCAAGUCUGAUAGUAGCAGCUGUGUGAAAGUUAAGUUAGAGAGAUCAGAUGAAGUGUUGUUUCUCCGUCUGUAUAUAUCCCCUCCCGUCGCCGACAAUGCUAACGCGAGAAACGGCAGUAGAUGCUGGAGCACACCAUGGGCUAACAAACAGGCAGCAGCAGAUCCUUGGAGAGCCCUACAUUAAGUGCAUUUUUGUCUAUCAGGUGUCGAAAGCCUUUUGUUGAGUUGGCCGGCCCUUGUGUUUGGUUUCCUUGGUCUGUUGGUGUUCAUGUUGCUUUACUGGUGCAACUGUAAGUUUGUAAGUGAGCAGAAAGAUAGAAAUGUUUAUGUUUAGAAACUUUAUUUUCUUA